AUGCGUUUGUUAUUGCUUUCUCCUGGUAACCAUCGCGCUCGACUUUUGGGCUCUGACAGGAACUGGUAUCCAAAUGAGCCGAACAACAGACGCGGGAAUGAAAAUUGUGCCGAGAUACGGUACGGGAAUCGUCGCUGGAAUGACUUGAACUGCAAAUGGUUUCGUGGCUACAUCUGUCAGCGCUGCCAAGGGACUCUUCCAAACUUGCAACUUGCUUACUCAUACUUGAAAUCUCUAGUCUUCCUGUGCCCUACCUUGGCUGACAUUUGUUUCCUAAGCGAUGAGAUUGUGUACGAUGGCAUCAAAGGCACCUGCAACCUCCAAGUGAAUGUGUAUCCAGAGGUUUUCGAAGUGCUGUUUGAGCAGCGUCUGCGCGCGGGACACAUCAUCGUCAUCCAAGGAAAAGUCAAGCCCAAUCCAAUCAAGUUUAUCGUCCACCUGUCCUUAGGCCACGGUCAUGACACUCCAUUGCGCAUCGAAGUUGAUUUCAAAGAUGGGGACCUUGAGCUGUUGACCCGCAUCGGUAGUCAUGUUGACGGAAAGUAUGUCAACAAGGUCAUCAAGAAAGACUCCUUCCCUUUCGCAGCCGGAAGCGACUUUGAGAUGACCAUCGAGUGCAGCGAUGACAUUUUCCGCUUGGCUGUCGGCAACGACGAUGAGGUGAUUUACGAGAAUGAUGGCUACGAUCUGCAAGAUAUUUAUAGGCUGUUGGUGGAGGAAGACGUGACUGUCACCGCCGUCAGGCUGAUUUGAGGCCGUUGGUGCGGCAAAAUGUGUUACUUCCUAUCGGGAUGUCCACACCUAAAUCUAAAAUGAAGUGUUAAGUUCCUAUUUGACAUUACUUUUAAUUUAUUCUUUUUGAUUGUUUGGCGCCAUGUAAACCAUCAGAUUGUGCAACCACUCACAUGAAAUAUAUUUUCAACUGCCGUUUGUUUCCUUAUGUUACCAUUUUUCUUCAAUAAAAGUAUACUCUUA